GGCUGACGCGGCCAUGUCGGACGCGUCGUCGGAUCUCGGCGGCGCACGGGCGGGGCCGCCGCCCGUCGAGCGCGACCUCGAACAGGCUAUCACUGCUCUUAAGAAAGGAGCCUACUUAUUGAAAUAUGGGCGUAGAGGGAAGCCAAAAUUUUGUCCAUUUCGGCUAUCCAAUGACGAGUCUGUAUUGAUAUGGUUUUCAGGGAAAGAGGAGAAGCAUCUAAGGUUGAGCCAUGUGUCCCGGAUAAUGCCUGGCCAACGGACUGCAAUAUUUCAGAGAUACCCACGACCUGAGAAGGAAUGUCAGUCCUUUUCUCUAAUUUCGCAUGACAGGUCACUGGACAUUAUAUGUAAAGACAAGGAUGAGGCAGAAGUGUGGUUUGCUGGGCUGAAAACAUUGAUUUCACGAAGUCAUCAAAGAAAAUGGAGAACCGGCUCAAGAAGUGAUACCAUUUCGUCUGCUGCAACUAGUCCAAGGAUUUACACGCGACAGAGCUCUCCGUUAAGUUCUCCUUUCAGCAGCAGUGACAGUCUCCACAAGGAUUUCAAUGAAAACUACCGGCUCCGUAGUCCAUAUGGGAGUCCACCAAAGAAUGGCUUGGAGAAGGCCUUUUCUGAUGUUGUGUUAUAUGCAGCUCCCCCCAGGAGCUUCCUCCCAUCAGAUUCUAAUGCAGCAUCAGUCCACUCUAUGUCUUCUGGACAAUCAGAUAACACAAAUGGGCACUCGGGAGGCAUCCCAAUGGAUGCUUUCCGGAUCAGUUAUUCAAGUGCUGUUAGCUCUUCAAGUCAUGGUUCUGGUUAUGAUGACGGUGAUGCUUUAGGUGAUGUUUUAAUAUGGGGAGAAGGGACCGGGGAAGGAAUUCUUGGCGGUGGUAGCUCUAAAAUUGGAAGUUCCUCAGGUGCAAAAAUUGAUUGUCUUGUACCGAAACCAUUAGAGUUUGCUGUGCGGCUUGAUGUGCAGAAUAUAUCUUGUGGAGGAAGGCAUGCUGCACUCGUCAGUAAACAAGGCGAGAUCUACUCCUGGGGUGAGGAAUCGGGUGGGCGGCUUGGCCAUGGUGUAGAUUGUGAUGUGGCGCAUCCAAAACUCAUUGAUGCUCUUACUCAUAUGAACAUUGAGCUGGUAGCAUGCGGGGAAUACCACACCUGUGCUGUUACACUAUCUGGAGAUCUGUAUACAUGGGGGGACGGCGCCUUCAAAUUUGGGCUAUUGGGCCAUGGUAAUGAUGUCAGUCAAUGGGUACCAAAAAAGUUGCAUGGGCCACUGGAGGGUAUACAUGUUUCAUCAAUUUCAUGUGGCCCUUGGCAUACAGCCAUAGUAACUUCUGCUGGGCAGCUGUUCACAUUUGGAGAUGGCUCUUUUGGGGUUCUAGGCCAUGGAGACCGUGAGAGUCUCUCAGUCCCCAAGGAAGUGGAAUCUCUCAAAGGGCUUCGGACAGUGCGGGCUGCUUGUGGUGUUUGGCACACUGCUGCAGUUGUAGAAGUCAUGGUUGGGAAUUCAAGCUCUAGCAAUUGUUCAUCUGGCAAGAUAUUUACAUGGGGCGAUGGCGAUAAAGGCCGUUUAGGGCAUGGUGAUAAGGAAUCGAGACUUGUCCCGACAUGUGUGGCUGCUUUGGUGGAGCCCAAUUUUUGUCAGGUUGCUUGCGGUCAUUCCUUGACGGUGGCUCUUACGACAUCAGGGAAUGUGUAUACAAUGGGGAGUUCUGUAUAUGGUCAACUUGGAAAUCCACAAGCAGAUGGUAUGCUUCCUGUACGUGUUGAAGGAAAGCUACACAAAAACUUUGUUGAGGAGAUCUCUUGCGGUGCUUACCAUGUAGCUGUUUUGACCUCUAGGACCGAGGUAUACACAUGGGGUAAAGGUGCAAAUGGUCGGCUAGGUCAUGGCAAUACUGAUGAUAAGAAUACUCCUACGUUGGUUGAAGCACUGAAAGAUAAGCAAGUCAGAAGUGUUGUUUGUGGAACUAAUUUCACUGCAGCAAUAUGCAUUCAUAAAUGGGUAUCUGGAGUUGAUCAGUCAAUGUGCUCAGGGUGCCGUCAGCCUUUUAACUUGAGGAGAAAACGCCACAACUGCUAUAAUUGUGCUCUGGUAUUUUGUCAUUCCUGCAGCAGUAAAAAAUCUCUGAAGGCUUCAUUGGCACCAAAUCAAAGUAAACCCUACCGUGUUUGUGAUAGCUGCUACAGCAAGCUGACUAAGGGAACUGCUACAGAUGUGUACUCUUCUACCAAGCAGGGAGCUGCUGUACAGGGAUUCAGUGACACGGUUGAUGAGGAGCUGGAAACAAGGUCAAAUGCUAAACUGUCAAGAAUCUCUUCAAUGGAAUCAUUUAAGCACAUGGAUAGUAGAUAUUCAAAGAAAAAUAAGAAGUUCGAAUUUAACAGCUCUCGUGUGUCCCCUGUUCCAAAUGGCGGCGUUUCAAGAUCCUUCAAUCCUGUGUUUGGAUCUUCAAAGAAGUUUUUAUCAGCAUCUGUCCCUGGAUCCAGAAUUAUUUCUAGGGCCACAUCACCUGUUUCAAGAAGGUCAAGUCCUCCACGUUCUACAACACCAACACCUACUCUGAGAAGUUUAACUUCUGCUGGAAGUGUCAUCAAUGGCACCAAGCCAACAAAUGAUAGUCGAACUGAAGAAGUUCUAAGUUUGAAGUCCCAGGUGGACAAUCUUACUAGGAAGUCUCAACAUCUCGAAGUUGAAUUGGAGAGAACCACCAAGCAAUUGAAGGAAGCUAUUGCCAUUGCCGGGGAGGAAACCGCGAAGUGCAAAGCAGCAAAGGAAGUAAUCAAGUCACUUACUGUACAAUUGAAGGGGAUGGCGGAAAGGUUACCUGGAGGAGCAACCAAGAACGGCAAGCUGCCACCCCUUCCUGGAAUUCCUAUACCGAGUGACAUAUCAGCCAUAGUUACUGAAAGUUUGGGCAGCCCAGGAAGUUCAGGGGAACAAGAACAAAUUUCAGAUGGUUCUAACGGAUUGCUUGUUCCUAAUGGAUUAAGUUCUGUUAGGAACAAGGCAGGCCAUCCAGAAAUGACCAGUAAUGGAAGUAUACCGUCCGAUGCAGAAUCCCAACACGAGGCCGAAUGGGUAGAGCAAGACGAACCAGGUGUUUAUAUCACUCUCACUGCCUUGCCUGGAGGGGCCAGAGAUCUCAAGCGAGUCCGGUUCAGCCGGAAGAGGUUCAGUGAGACACAGGCAGAAGAAUGGUGGCAGGGGAACAGGGCAAGGGUGUACCAGCAGUACAAUGUUCACAUGGUUGACAAAUCCAUUGCGGCCAUGGAUCGUGAGAUUGCAACUCACUGACUUUUGACUCGGACACAAACACACACAAAAAGAAACCUUGAUUAUAAGUGGAAUUGAGGCCUCAUACAGUGAGUGUGUGAAGGCUCUCUUGUCAGUCAAGGUUUUCGCUAAUCGUAACUAGCAUUUACAUUGGCCCAUGAAAGAGAUUCUUGCUGUUAGGAAAAAAAUGGACAUGUUUAUAGUUUUUCAUAGUUAUUUUCUCUGCCCUGUUCUUGACCUUCUUUUCUAGUGUGGAAAGUAGAUUUCUCUUACAGAAGUUGUACAGUAAAUGUCUGGCAGAAGUUAAUCCCUUGUAAAUGCUUACUGAUGCAAGCGCAUCAGUGCUGUACAACUCCACACUAUAACACUGGCGAGCUCACCUUUGAAGUUA